CUUUUUUCUUUUUUAAUUGUCACUCCACGAACAUCAACACUCGUCUACAAUAUGAUCAUCCCAGUGCGCUGCUUCUCCUGCGGAAAGGUCAUCGGAAACAAGUGGGACCACUACCUCUCGCUUCUUCAGUCAGAUUACAGCGAAGGUGAUGCACUUGACGCUCUCGGCCUCAAGAGAUACUGCUGCCGCCGCAUGGUCCUCACACAUGUCGAUUUGAUCGAGAAGCUUCUGCACUACAAUCCCCUCGAACGCAGCGUUGACUUGAAGCGAUAAAUCGGACGGAUCAAACAUGAAGAACGAAGCGAGGCGUGUGUAAUACUGCAUUGGAUAAAUAAAACUGGCUGCGCAUUAUUUCUUUGACAUUGCUUUGGCCAGUUUUGAUGGAGGCUAUUUAACACGAAUGUCUGUUCAUAUACCGAUGGCGUCGUUCAUUCCUUGGUCGAUCCGCCGCACCACAUGUCGUUCAUGAAGAACUCGCAGCCUGCGACUGAUAUGAAGACUACAGAGCAAAAUAUGCAUUCAUUCCUUCUUUUUUCACGAGACCUUUAAUCCAAUGAAGAGCAC